AUGUCGCAUUGGAGCUAUUUACACGCUCAAGUGUGUCGCAUCACAGCCAUUCACUCGAACAACGUCGCACUCAAGCAAAUUCACAUCAAAAACGUCGCACAGGAGCUAUUGGCCCGGCUGUGCGAGUACCAGUUCUUCGCCCACGGCCACCACCACCACCACCACGGCGCCACAGCGGACUACCCACCACCACCACCGGCCAAUUGCCACCACCGCAGAUCAUGGACCGCACCGUUUUGUGAAACAGCAGCUCCAGGGAACAGCAGCAGCCUCACGCUGGAGGUGGACACGGGCGGCCAACACCUGGCUCACCUGCUGCAGCCACCGGCGCCACCAAGAGCCACCAUCGUGCCAUUCUGCGGGGGCGCAUUCACCAACACUAUUACCAAUGCAACGAUCAUGACUAUUGAUACAGAGAUGAUGGUGGGAGCUGCCCAUAAUCCGAUGAUGCAGGAGAGACAGGCGAAGGUGAUGAGGUACAGGGAGAAGAGGAAGAGGCGGCGAUAUGACAAGCAAAUCCGCUACGAGUCCAGAAAAGCGUACGCCGAGCUCAGGCCACGGGUCAAUGGCCGCUUUGUCAAGGUACCUGAAGCCGAUGUGUCUCCAUCACCCCCAGCUUCGCCCUAUGAUCCUAGUAAACUUAACCUCGAAUGGUUCCGGUAGUGUUUCAUCAAAGUAAAAUAAGUUGGUUAUUGAUUGACCGGUUGGAGGAGUUAUGUUGAUUAACUAUUUCAAAAGGUCAGCGGACCAAUCAAAGGAAAUGUAUUUAUUGAAACAAGUAUUAUUAUGCUUUAUGUUAAUUUAAGCAUGUAAUUUGAGGAGGCUAGCUA